GGUCAACCGAAUGGGAAAAAAUAUUCACCGGCUUAGGGAAAAUAUUGAUGUUUAAAUUGCUGUUAUGGCCUUAAAUAUGCUGAAUAUUGCUUCAAAACGGUUGACAGCGACCUUACUGCAUUCAAAAUGCGGUCCAGUUGUGAGCUCUUCCUUGUUUCAUACCAGUCAGCCAACAAGUGGAAGACCGAAGUCUCCUCUACCAGAUCCAAAAAAGGAGCUAAUCAACCAUAGUAAAGUUAGAGGCAUUGACAUAUUGAGAGACCCUAGACUCAAUAAGGGUCAAGCUUUCACUCUCAGAGAGCGUCAGUUGAUGGGUAUACAUGGCCUCUUACCACCGAUUGUGAUAGAUCAAGAGACUCAGCUAAAUCGUGUCAUCGUUAACUUUCGGAAAAGACCCACUGAUGUUGAUCGUUACAUCUAUUUGAUGGCAUUGUAUGACAGAAAUGAAUGCCUGUUUUAUCGUUCCUUGUGUGAACAUGUCGAGGAAAUGAUGCCUAUUGUUUAUACACCAACUGUCGGACAAGCAUGUCAGCAAUAUGGCCUUCUGUACAGAAGACCACGAGGUUUGUUUCUGUCCAUCAAUGACAAGGGACAUUUGUACGAUAUGAUAUGUAACUGGCCAGAGAAUAACGUGAAGGCUAUUGUAGUAACAGAUGGAGAGAGGAUUCUAGGUCUGGGAGAUUUGGGUGUGAAUGGAAUGGGUAUCCCUGUGGGGAAGUUGUCACUCUACACAGCACUGGGAGGUAUCCCGCCGCAGCAGACGUUACCCGUCAUGCUUGAUGUGGGAACCAACAAUAAGACUUUAUUGGAAGACAGACUUUACAUCGGAAGACAAAAGCCUCGCGUUACUGGACCAGAGUAUGACGAAUUCAUUGAUGAAUUCGUUGAAGCAAUAGUUAGAAGGUAUGGGCAGACCACUCUGAUACAGUUUGAAGAUUUCGGAAAUAACAAUGCGUUCAAACUGUUGGAAAAAUACAGACAUAAUUACUGUGUGUUCAAUGAUGAUAUUCAAGGUACUGCUUCAGUUGCCGCUGCUGGUAUAUUUGCUUCACUGAGAAUCACCGGCAAGAAACUCUCGGACAAUAUCUUUGUCAUGCAAGGUGCGGGAGAAGCAAAUAUUGGUAUCGCAAACUUGAUAUCUCUGGCUAUGGAAGCUGAAGGUACCCCGAUAGAGGAAGCACGCAGCAAGAUCUGGAUGGUUGAUUCUCGUGGUCUUAUUGUUAACAACAGGCCAAAAGGUGGAGUUACCGGACAUAAGCAAGAUUUCGCCAAAGAUUUUAGACCUAUCGAUAGUCUUAAGGAAGUUAUAAAGAGCAGAUUAACCAAAAAAAAAAUAGGUGCAGCUGCUGUGCCAGGAGCUUUUACUGAAACCAUUAUAAGAGACAUGGCCAAGUUCAAUGAGCGACCAAUUAUCUUCGCUCUCUCAAACCCUACGAGUAUGGCUGAAUGUACAGCAGAGGAGGCAUACAAUCUUACAGAGGGGGCGCUGGUGUUUGCUAGCGCAUCCUUUGACCUGUGGCCUGUCAAUGUCAGAAAAUUCAUCCCAGCAGGUAACAAUGCGUAUAUUUUCCCAGGUGUUGCUCUAGGAGUGAUAGCUUUCCAAGUUCGACAUAUUCCAGAAUCUAUCUUCUUAAAAGCUGCACAGGUAUGUAUAAAAUCUUCAGAUGAGUCAGCCAACAUACUUGAAUAUUCACUAGGCUGACUUAGUACAGAGAUUCAAAACUGCUGUUCUAAAGCUAUCCUGUUCAAUCUCUGAACAAGGCGAAUGCUAUUCAUACCA